CGCGGGUAAGUACACUGGUAUGUGCCAAGAACCGACAUAUAUAUUAGUGUAAGACGAUCCGAAAAAAGCGAGAAACUGUGGCGCAGCGCCUCCGACAAAUCACGCUUCAAAUUGAGGCCCGUGAGAUGCAGCAGCGAUUAUUGCAAAGGCGAGAGCUUGGACUAGUUAAUCACCCCAGAAGAGGUUACUCGUUGGGCGACAUACGUGAAGCCGCUGCAGUUGCCGCUGCCGGCCGAUCACCUUUUACUGGCGCGCGAAAGGCGUCAAACCGACGGAAACCACAUGCAACUUUUCUUCUCCGACCCGACCACGCCGCAGAUCGAUACGCCAACACAUUCGCUGCCGCUGCCGGUGCCCGCCGAGUCGCAGUGAAGCCGUGUGUCGGCAGCCGGACGCGCAGGGUAUUUAACAGCUCGGUAUGCACCGGGGAGCAAACGAGAGCUGCACGUACUCUGCCCACUUCCUCGGCUUCCCGCCUCUUUUGCUUUCAAAACCGGUUCAAGCACACAAGCGCGAUGGUGCCUGUUCGGAGCGACGAAGCGGAGGCGGCAAUGGACGGUGAGUGCUCGGCUCAGGCGGCGACGAUGACGAGGAGCAGGCCGAGCAGGAGCCACAGCGAGGCGGAGCGCAAGCGGCGGCAGCGCAUCAACGCCCACCUCGCCACGCUCCGCACCCUCCUCCCCUCGGCUUCCCGAAUGGACAAGGCGGCGCUGCUCGGGGAGGUGGUGCGGCACGUUAGGGAGCUGCGGGGCGAGGCGGACGCCGCCGUGGCUGGCGCGACCGUGGCCGUCCCCGGGGAAGGCGACGAGGUCGGCGUCGAGGAGGGGCACUACUGCUGGCACGGCGGGGAGAGAGCCGCCACCAGGCGCGUCAGGGCGUGGGUGUGCUGCGCCGACCGCCCGGGGCUGAUGUCCGAGCUGGGCCGCGCCGUGCGGUCGGUCAGCGCGAGGGCGGUGCGCGCGGAGAUUACCACCGUCGGCGGGAGGACAAGAAGCGUCCUCGAGCUGGAUGUCGGCGGGCAGAAGGCGGCCGCGGACGGCGAGGGCAUGUCGUCACGGCCGGCGUUGCAGGCGGCGCUCCGGGCCGUGUUGCUCAGCCGGGAGGAGCUGCUCGCCACGGAGUGCUACAAGCGACAGCGCUUCUCGGCGCACCUCGCCAAGGUUUAGUAGGACAGUAGCACUGUAGGAGCGAGUGACCUGAUGAGAGACGGAAGAGAAAGCG